AUGCAGCGACGGACUAUCUUUUUGGAUGAUUCUCGUGCUAUGAAAGACUGCAGCUCCCGCGUAAAGCUGUCUUCCUCUCUAGUGAAUGCUGCAGACCUUAACGGGAAAGAGAGGCUCGAUCAAGUUCUGGAGUACUUCCUAACGCAAGACCUCAAGAAACACAGUUUGGACACCAUGGCUGAUAGCUUAGAAUCGCAGCUACUAGCUCUGUAUUCUUGCGUAAAGGGAGAUGCCGUAACAGAGCUAGUUCGUGACCCCCGUCUUGCAAAGUUAAUUGAUGCCCUUGCACAGCACUUGCAACCGUAUACGUCCACACAAAUUGCAUUCCUUAUCUUCUCUAUGCUUGAUCAAUUUGCUGAUGCAGGUGCAGAAAUGACUGAGCUGUCAGUGCGGGCUGGCCUUCCCUAUCUAUCCAAUAUCACAUCCAUGAUCGCAGAAAGUCCUGAGCUUCUCAUAGGGGUACUAAUGUUUUAUACUCACUCCGCCAGCUAUGAGCUUCACGGGCGGCAACAGCUCUUACUCUAUGCGUCUGCAGACGAGCUUCUGAGACCGAUAUCUCUGUUACUUCAGCUUGAUUCUUGUGAAGAAGAGCGUGAAGACGCGAUGCUUCAUGAUGCAUCUAACUAUUUCUCUCUAUUGAGCAUUGUCCCUGCUCCCAUCUUACAGCCACUGGGUAGUUUUCUCGGUGCAUUCUUGGCCAAUUGUAGCUAUGACUUUGAUGGAGAGGUUUUCGCCUAUCUACGUCAAAUGCUAUUUUUCUUCUUUGCUAUCACCCCACUGUUUUCCAGAUCUGACGAAUGGCGGAGAGUCGGGAAUGAUCUGCUUUUAGGGCUGAACAAUUUCUGUAUGCAUCAAGACUUUGGAACGCUGCUUGGAGGCUUCCACGCAUGGAGGCUAUGCAUUCAGCUAAUCAAGAUUUACAGAGACAUGACCAAGCAAUUACUUUGCUUCAUCGCUAAUGUUGCUUCUACCUCCGUUAAUAAUGAUGUCUUUAAUGACAUAGCCACACUAGAGUUUUCUGACAUUCUCUCAUCUAUUCUUGCAACCGGUAUCCACAAUGCAUAUGUUGAUGUUGCGCUCACUAUUGAGGUACUAUUCGCUCAGUGGCCGCCAUAUCGAAAAACCUUUAGAGAAAGCAGUCUCAUUAAGGUCCUCGUCGACAAUCUGUAUUCAGUAACACAUAUUGUGGUUAACUCGUCUAUCAAUAUUAUUUCCAUCACCGUCGCCGAAGCGUGGGAAGAGUUUUUUGCCGCCGGCCUCGUGGCCGCGCUCGCCCACUAUCUUCAAAAUGCCUUGAUUAAGCGGACAGUGUCGUGCACAACCAAGUUCACUGGGAGAUGCUUUCGAAUCUUGCACCAAAUGAUGGAGCUAUCUCGUGGCACUACACUCGAAGAGCCCGUAAUGAGCACGCUUUCUACUGACGUCCUUUAUGAGUGUUAUCUCUCUGCCCACGACUUCCCUAAUAUGGCUGUCUAUGCGAGCGUAUCGACAUUAAUUGAACUGGUGAGGAUGCGUCACGAGAGUAUGUGA